AUGCGGCAACCGCCCGGCUUCGAGGCCGAAGGUAAGGAGAACCAUAACAAACGUUUGGACGAAGUGUUGACGAAGAAUGGGUUCCGAGCUGCCGCGGCGGACCCGUGUUUGUAUGUAAAGGAUGACGGGAAAGCGAAGGUGAUCCUGAUGGUAUAUGUAGACGACCUUCUGGUCGCUUCUACGGACGAAGGCGAGUUAGCGAAGAUCUGUGAAGGCCUGCAAGCGGAUUUCGAGUUGACGUGUCUCGGGGAGGUGCGCCACUUCCUCGGCGUAGAGGUUCAACACGUCGGCGGUGUCUACAAGCUGAGUCUUCGCAACUACAUCGAGAAGCUGAUUACCAUGUUCGGGAUGGAGGAGUGCAAGACGGCCAAGUCGCCGAUGGACGCCGGCUACUUGAAAGUGACCGAUACCGGAGAAGCGUUCAAGGAUCCAACAUCGUACCGUAGCCUAGUAGGCGGACUCCUGUACUUAGCAGUCGUAGCAAGGCCAGACAUUGCAGCAACCGCUGCGAUUCUUGGGCGAAAGUUCAACGAACCCCGUGAGUGCGAUUGGACAGCUGCCAAGCGGGCACUCCGCUACUUGAAAGCGACCAAGUUUCAUCGACUGCAGUUAGGAGGAGACAGCAAACAGGGCCUCAUCUGCUAA